AUGCCACCUGAAUGUGGAAACCCAUUGCUUAGAGACUGGAUCGGUGAAUGGAUGGAAAAGGCUCGGGGUCUUCAGAGCAAAGCUUAUUUCACUUAUAAAAAAGCACAUGAUUCACUAUCCAAAUGUCCAAUAACAUUCCAGCAUCCCUCUGAGGCACUUCAGCUUGUUGGGAUCGGCGUUGGAAUGGUUGAUAAAUUAGAGAAAAAAAUGAUAGAGCAUUGCAAAGCGAAUGGACUACCAAUACCUGUACGAACAAAAGGAAAAAGAAGAAAUCCUGGUACUCAAGAGGGAUCAGGAACUCAACAAGAAGAGUCCAGUCAAGCUGCAGCUAGAAAACGACCAACGAGAACAUAUGUUCCAACGUACCGGUCAGGCGCUUAUGCAAUCUUACUCAGUCUCAUGGAUCAACGUGAUAAUGGGCAGCAGCAAGCUACAAAAGAACAAAUCAUUCGUUGUGGCGAGGAUUAUGCCAAUGCAUCAUUCGACCUUGCUGAGCCCGGAAAGAGCUAUACGGCAUGGAAUAGUAUAAAGACCUUGAUGAAUAAAAGCUACGUGUGGAAGCAGGGCAGUCCGGCAAGAUAUAUGUUGACUGAUCAGGGUGUUGCCAUGGCUACACAACUUAGAAAUGCAGGAAUUCCUGAAGCCAAUUUUCUAAACGAAUGCCGACAUGAUCCUUCUGCAAAGUUCUCUCCAGGUAGUUACGAUAUCGUAUUGAUUCUUGACAACCGAGAGGUCAAGAUGCGCAAUAACCGUGACUAUAUCCAAGAAAAGCUUGCACAAAAGGGUGUACGGGUAAUCACUCGGGCACUAGAUCUGGGUGAUGUCGUCUGGAUAGCCCAGAAGCGAGGGUCAGACAGUCCUGGAGAUUGGCUUUUUUUGGAUAUCAUCAUAGAGCGUAAGAGACUUGAUGAUCUGAUCAGUAGUAUUAAGGACGGACGCUUCCACGAGCAAAAGAAGCGUCUCAAGGAAUCCGGUGCCCGCAAAGUGAUGUAUGUGGUCGAAGAAUACAACAAGGAAGAGGCUGUCCGGUUCGGACUCCAGGCGAUACAGACAGCAAUGGCGGCUACACAGGUCAUUGACGGAUUUUAUCUCAAGCGCACCCAGUCAAUUGACGAUACGAUUGAUUACUUGGUCUGCAUGACCCGUGUGGUUGAGAAAAUGUACGCCAACACUACAUUUUAUCGCAUUCCAGAGCAUGUCGUGUCUCGUGAGAAUUACCUUAAAUUAAGGGCAGAUUAUGCAGCAGAAGCAGCAUCAUCAGCAUCAUCAGCAGCAGGCCAACAAAUAUCUCUGGAGUACUAUACCAUUUCAUAUCCAUUGUACAACCGUCUUAAUAGUAAAUACGGAGCAUCGACUCUCAAGGAGCUCUAUGGACGGAUGUUGAGGACAAUGCGCGGCGUGAGUGGCGAUAAGGCAACAGCCCUUUCUCAGGUCUACCAAACCCCUCAUGCUCUAUUUGAAGCGUUUGAAGCCAAGAAAGGCGAUACAAAAGCUGCCAAGAUGUUGGCAAGGGAUGCAACAUCAAAUGCCUUUAUGCGUCGAAAAUGGGGUGCAUCCCUUAGCAAGAAAUUGUGGGAGACAUGGGGUGUCAAGUGA